GGACUCGAGUUAUGGAGCUAUUAAAUUAAAAUUAAACUUGUUAGGGUUUCGAAUCCUCCCCCCCCCAAAACAAUAUUGAAUUUAGCUUAGUCAAUUAGUUCUUCUGUAAAGUGAUCAAAAUCAAUGGCUUCCAGCAAUAAUGCUCUUGGUGUUGAUAACACCUUCAGAAAGAAAUUCGAUCGAGAAGAGUAUUUGGAACGCGCUCGCGAGCGUGAGAAACAGGAAGCAGAAGGGCGAAGUAAAUCCCAAUCAAAAGGCCCUGCAGUGCAGAGGAAACCCCUGAAGCAUAGGGAUUACGAAGUCGAUCUCGAGUCUCGUUUGGGUAAAACUCAGGUUGUUACUCCAGUAGCACCCUUAAGUCAGCAGGCAGGAUACUUUUGCUCAGUUUGUGAGUGUGUAGUAAAAGAUUCUGCAAACUACUUGGAUCACAUCAAUGGGAAGAAACAUCAAAGAGCUUUAGGUAUGUCCAUGCGAGUGGAACGGGCAUCCCUUAAACAGGUUCAGGAGCGGUUUGAACAAUUGAAAAAGCGAAAACCUCCCGGUAGUUUCUCUGAGCAAGAUCUCGAUGAACGGAUCAUUAAACAGCAGGAAGAAGAGGAAGAGAGAAAGCGCCAACGGAGGGAAAGAAAGAAAGAAAAGAAGAAGGCAGCAGAAGAGGAACCUGAAAUUGAUCCCGACGUGGCAGCUAUGAUGGGCUUUGGCGGUUUCGGAUCAUCAAAAAAAUGAUCACAUUUGUUUAUGUAACAUUACAUUGUGUUUUUAUAUGACAUGACUUUAGGUAUUCAAGUUUUUGGAUAUUGACCGAUUUGUACGGUUUUCCGGUUUGGAAAGGGAAGGUAAAAACUGCUGGAUAUGCUUUGUUCAUAUACCAGGUUGGGAACAAGUUGGUCCUAAA